AAUAAAAUUAUACCGAAAUAUGGAGUCAGAUUUUACACUGCGCAUGCGCAAAAAACAACAACACACAAAUGUCAGCUGACUCAGAUCUGGAGAGAAAUUAGUCAGACGAUUUCAAGAUGAGCUCUGUAAUGGAGGGCGCUCUGAAAACAAAAACAAAAAGAUUCAAAGUAAAACAUCCGAAGCGGAAAAUUUUCAGGUCUAAGGAUCCUUUUCUCUCUGUUUUCAUGUGGGGAGUGAACCACACUGUUAAAGAACUACAGCAUGUACAUGUACCAGUGAUGUUAAUGCCCGAUGAUUUCCGUGCAUACUCUAAAGUAAAGAUUGAUAAUCAGUCUUUUAAUAAAGAAAACCUUCCCUCACAUUUCAAGGUGAAGGAGUACUGUCCUCUUGUGUUCCGGAAUAUUCGAGAAAGAUUCGGAAUAGAUGACUUAGAUUUCCUUAACAGUCUUACCAAGAGUCCUAGACCUGUAGAUAACCCUGGACGGAGUGGAGCAAAAUUCUACAUCAGUGCUGACAGGAUGUACAUGAUGAAGACACUGACUGGAAUAGAGGUGGCAGAGAUGCAUCAGCUUCUAAAGGAGUAUCAUCCUUAUAUUGUGGAACGACAUGGCAAGACCCUACUUCCACAGUAUCUAGCUAUGUAUAGACUCACAGUGGAAAAUCAGGAAACCUACAUGGUUGUGAUUAGAAACGUGCUUGGAGGACAUCUCAAAAUACACAAGAAAUACGAUCUCAAAGGUUCUACAGUUGAUCGGGAAGCAAGUGACAAGGAGAAGGCAAAAGAUUGUCCAACAUUCAAGGAUAAUGAUUUCUUGAAUGAUGGAAUCAAAAUAUCCAUCGGAGACGAAGCUAAGGAUAAGCUGAUGGAUACCCUGUCAGCUGAUGUGGAUUUUCUAACCAAGCACGAUAUAAUGGACUAUUCUCUGCUGCUGGGGAUACAUGAUACUACUAGAGAGGACGAUAGUCUGGAACCAGAGGAGGAUGAGGAUGAGGAUGAAUAUGAUUCUGGAGGAUCCGGAGGUCCCCCUCUAUCCCCAGACAGCGUAGGUACAGGAGUAGAGGGUGAGGAAGAGGGAACUAUAUUUGAGCUGGGAGGUCGUAUUGAUCCUUCUAGAGAUAUAUACGCUAUACCUUCACAGGGUAAUGGGUCUGGUCCACCAAAGGAAAUCUAUUUCCUGGCUCUGGUAGAUGUGCUUACCCACUACGGGGUCAAGAAGAUGACCGCCAAGGCUGCAAAAACGGUCAAGUAUGGUGGAAGCGUGGAUGGAAUAUCAACAGUUGAACCUGACCAGUACGCCAAACGAUUUAUCUCGUUUAUAAGCGACGGAAUUGAGUAGUCUUUGUAUAUUAUCCUUCGGACCAGCGAUAAACUUUGUAUGAUUAGUUUAUUUAGCGAUUUAUUCUUUCGGUUGAUUUAUGUUAAUUUAAUAUCAACUGACUUAUAAAUACUGGGUUAUCCUAAGAAAGAUGAUGCUUUUCAGACGACUGUAUUCAGUCAUUUUGCUUGUAGAUUGCAUAUCGAGCUUUUUUUUUUUGGUUCAAAUUAAAUAGUUCGGCAUUAAAAAAUGAUAUUAAAGACCUAAAAUAAAAAUCAACCUUGAGAUCGUCAUCUCUAGAGUUUCGGGCCACUUUUUAAAGUCUCAUCCUAAUUGUGGGUUACUCUGUAUAGUUUAUCUUUAGUAUAUUGCUGACUACUUUGUAAUUAAACUGACAUGCUGUAAUUAUUGCAAUAUUAUUACUGUCUCUAGUUAGCUUUGUAAAGUUAACUACAGUCGUCGUCGUCGUCAAAUAUAUCAAUCAUUACAAUGAAGACGACUUUAGAUUUGAAUGUUUGAAUUUUACUUAACUUUUAAACAGCAUGGAUGCAAUUAAACACGGAAACAAAGGAAGCUUCUCUUUGUAAACUAGUAAACUUUUAAUUUGAAAAAAGGUUGAUAGUAAUCAAAAUUUUAAACAAAGUCGUCUUCAAUGUAUUGAUAUAAACGCCGACUUCUAAAUAUAUUUACAAGAUCCCCUGACAGCUUGCUGAACAUUUUAAAACUUGCAUUUUACACUUGCGCUUGAUUUCAUUAAUUUUGUUGAUGAAUAUUUUUCCAUGGCCCUUGAUUUUGAUAUUCAAGAUAUUUCAGACGGUUUGCACUUUUCAAAGACAUAUUAAAAUGAAUAUUAACCAGGAUUAAUAUGCUUAUUGAAAUCAGAUAAUUAGUUUGUGCAGAUUUAUUAAUGUUAAUCAUGAAAAAUAGUUGUGUCUUGCAACAAUUUGUACCGUGGCACACUCAUUAUAUUAAGUUUAUUAAGUGUAUUGUAUAAUUGAGCAUUGUGCAUAAUUUUUAGUCAUGUAAAUUACUUGCCCCACCUAGUCGUAUCAAAUUUUAUCUAAAUGUUAAAUGUAUUGUAUUUGUAUACAACUGUAUAUAGCUUAUUGUUAUAUUGAAAACCUCGUCAUCUUUACUACAAACCAAAGUUUUAGACACGCUUCAGCUUGGAAUUUAAAGGGACAAUUGACGUUUACAGACCCUUGAAACAAAUCAGCUGAUUGACUAGCUUUAAAAAAGUGUUAAUGAUCAAAUAAAUUCGAGGAUUUUUCAGAAAACAUGUUUGCAGCAUUUGUAGUCUUCAGCUUGGAACAAGAGUAAAGGAAGAAAAAAUUUGUCUACCAGAUUAAUAAGCUAGAUUGAGUACUUUUCCUUGAACAAGUCGAAGAUUUAAACCAUCCGGUACCCUGGAGGGCAAAGAUAAAA